GAAACCCCGAAUCAUCGAGACCCCUCAUCGAUUUCCGAAUGCUUCGAUAUUCUCACUAGCGUGGGGAAUUAUUCUAAUGCUCGGAUGAGUAUGCCAAGCCUGCAGCUGGAGUUAAGGUACGAUCCGGGGUGCAUGAUUGCAUUUUCAGGAAGGAUUGUCAGACACGCGGUUCAUGCAGUGGAAGGGGAUCGGAUUGCCUGGGCAUGGUAUAUGAGGGAUGCUGUUCAUGUUUAUGCUGGGAUUCCGUCGUGUGGAUGGGCAAGGUUGGAUUGGAAGAAGUAG